CAGCGACGUCAGUCGUGGCCUGGCCGUGCCGUGCACAACGCGACGCGCGCCCGACACUUAAUAUAAUAACAACCCGAGGAGCGCGCCCUGACACAUACAUAUAUUUGUAUUUGUGUAUAUAUGUAUCGUGCGUAUAAUACGACGACGACGAGCUUUGUGGAGUGUCACGAUACUGCAACUACUACUACUGUUGUUGUCAUAAUAUUAUAAAUAUAAUAACGUUAAACACGCGUUGUUGUUUCGCGAGGCUUUCGUUGAAUUGACAUCGUCGUCGUUGGACGCAGUGAUUCGACGUGCAAAAAGAAAAAAAAACAAGCGAGCAGCGCUUGAUAUAAAUAAAUAAAUGAAUAUAUGAAUGAAUAAAGCGAAGACGAGUGCGCGAAUCGCUAGAUAUCGUAUAUAUAUCGCGGGUGAACGACUGUGUGCUUCGUUUUUUUGUUUUUUGAGUUUUCUCGGUGUUGGUGUUUGUGCGCGUGUCAGUGGCUAAGCAGGAAUAAUACUACGUUCUACUGUUGUUAUUUUUAAUUUUUCAAUUUACUCAAACACACACGGAAAAUUAGACAAAACAUCUACCUGCGACGGCGAGAGGGCGAGUUGUGUACGCAUUGUGUAUAGCAGACGAAUAAUACACGGUGUGGUGUGUUAAAGGCUCGCGACUCUGCGGGCGCAGGACAUACACACCAUAAAAGCAACGGCAAAGGAUAGAGCGAGGGAGCCAAGAGAGGACGUCGUCGGCAGCAGCAGCAGCGUCGUCUGCUCCUCUGUGCACCCGCGUACAUACAUACAGAUAUUCAGCUUUGCUUUGCUCUCACACACACAUUCGUAGAAACAGGGUGGAAGCGCGCGCGCGAAAUACUCGCGCGCUCAGAGGGAACGACCUUUUUGCCUGUGUCUGUGUGUUAUACGUGCGCGGCUCACUGAAUUCGUGUGUAAAUUGUGCGCGUGUAUAAAUAUAUGAAGAAAAAAAACUGCUCACUGGCAGGUGCAGCAGCGUAUUAUAUAUCUAUAUAGUUGUGUGUAGUGUUUCUCUGUGUGUGCGUGAGUGUGUGUAUCCGUGUGCUUCCGGGGACUUUGCACCUCACUCGGCGGCUCGUAUACAUACACAACAGCAGCGAGCUGCGAAAUUUUCUCACACAAUUCCGUACAGAGAGAAUCGAGUGUGUGUUUGUGUGUGCGUGGAGGUGGGUUGUUUUGUUGAUGACCCAGGAUAACGACGAAGGAAGAGAAUAAGUGCAAAAAAAAGAAUAGAAGAAGAAGGUUUGAACUGACUCGACCGACCCCGAUGUUAUAGUAGUAAUUACGAAAAUAGAAGUCCAAGGUUACUCCCCGCAUAUAAGGGGAGAGAGAGACAGAGAGAUUGACAUAGGCCGCCACCCUCAACACAGUCUCCGUUGCUGCUGUCAUCGCCGUCGCUGCUACGAAAAAAAAAUACGAAAAUAAAAAUAUCAUAACCGUGUGUACAAGGGGAGAGAAGAGACAGAGACUCUCUGCGUAGACGAAAGUCGAAACACACACACAUACACAGCAGCAGAGCAGAGCAGAACGGCAGAGAAAGCGAGAGAGAGGCUGAGAGGGUGAAAGAGCCAGAGCAGGUCUCUGUGGCAUUCAAGCUCUCGCCUGCUGCUGCUGCUGCAAGGGAGAGAGAAGCACGGCGGUGUGGUGGCCGCGCGCGGGGGUCGCGUACUCUCUCGCUCUCUACGGCUGCUGCUGCUGAUCGAUAAGCUCUCCCUCCUCGUAGCGCUCCCACACACACAGAGAAGGAGCUUUCGUGCGUGUGCGUGUGUGUAGUGGCAGCAACAACGGGGGUGGCCGAUGCUGCUGCUGCUGCCGCCACCCGCUGCUGCUACUGCUACUGCUGCUGCGAGAGAGAGUAACGACGUCGUCGUCGUCGUCGUCUCUGGAGCCGUUGCCGCUGUUACCGCCGACAACGCCGCCGCUGUGCUGCAGCAGCGGCAGCAGCCAUGAGGCUCGUAGUCGAUGAUAAUAAUCGACUCGUCCUGGAGGAUACAAUGACAUGCUGCGAUCUUUGCUUAUUGUCGUCUUGAAGACGCUUUUCUGUUUUAUAGAGACACGAGAUUAUUAAAUUUAUCUAGGACUUGCGUGCGUAAAGGGGGUCAUAUCCUUUGCCUUUUUUUGCACCUAACAUGAAAGAACACAAAGAGUCGAAAUCGUCCGAGAUGCAUCAACAACAGCAGCAACAGCAACAAGCCGGCGGCGACACGAGCGGCGGCCCGGUCGUGUUGAAGAGCCUGCUGAAAAAACCCGGCCAGUCGUCGAGGGCCAAGGGCGCCGCCAAGAAUCGCGUCGUCAUCAACGAGAAGAUGAACGAGUUCUUCGCCGCCGAUUACAUAAUCCUCAUCAAGGAGGAGUGCUGCCCGGAUUACGAGGAGGAGUGCGACUGCUGCUGCCAGGAGCACGAGAUGAUACGCCUCGGAAAUUGCAAGGAGUGUCGGGCCGAGCUCGAUCUGCACUUCGAGGACGGCAGCCACGGGCCCGACGACGAAUGCGAGGACGACGAGGACGACGAGGACGAGGACAUGGAGGAGGACGAAGUCGAUGACGAUGGGGAAGACGAUAACGAUAUACAUCAUCAUCGUCAGCAGCAACAGCAACAACAGCAGCAUCACCAUCAUCAUCAGCAGCAGCAACAACAACAGUUGCAACAACAGCAACAGAAUGCCAUGAACAACAAGGCCAGUAGCGAGCAAGAGCAACGCGGCCGAAUCAAUCAGGCGCGCAGGCAGCAGCAGCGCGAGACCCUGAGCCCGCCCGAGGGCUACAAGGAUCUGUGCAUAGCCGCGCAGGCACGCCAGGAGAUGGAGGACGCCAUGGAGGAGGAGGCCGCCGCGGCUGCCCUCGCUCAACAGCAGCAACAGCAGCAGCAGGGCGGCCGGCCCGUCUGCGCCGAGUGCGACUAUUACCAGAGACAGGCUGCCACUGCAGAAUACGUGCGGAGAGUCUUGCACGAGCGGAGUUUAUUAUCCGACUACGCAAGGAGUCGAGGAGUCCCAGAUGUGCCAUCGAACGCCAACAAUGCGGAAGAUCAUCAUCAGCAGCAGCAUCAUCAGCAGCAGCAACCGCCCAGCGUGCCGUUACGCAACAACAGUAUUAAUCACGACGACGCGACGAGCAGCAGUCAUCAUCAGCAGCAGCAGCAGCAGCAGCAGCAGCAGAUGCACGAUAGUUGGCGCACGACGUCGCAAGACUCCACGGCUACGGAGGACUCGUCGUCGCUCCAAGGGCCGAUCGAUCAGAAUCAACAAACUACCCCAGACGUUCAGCAGCGUUACCUCGUGGAGACGAUCACGAUGACGACCGUGACGGAGCGUCGGAUCGUCCGCGAGAUCAGCGAGGAGGACAGCAAUCGCGUCGGCAGCCUCGAGGACUCGACGACGGCGAGCGACGGCACGAGUCGCCAGCCCUCGAUCGAGUCGCAAAAGUCCAUGGACGACUCGAAGGCGAGCAACGGCGGCCAAUCGAACGGUGGCGACUCGUCCAAAUCCUCGGACGACUCGUCCUCGGACAAGGACAAGCCGUCGGAUCUGUCGCUAGCGGUGAAGAUCGGCAGCGUCAACACCCUCGUCUCGAACAGCCUCAAGCCGAACUCGGCGGUGCGUCAGCUGUUCCCGGAUCCGCGCUUCAUCUCACCGCCGCCCGCGCCCGUCAAGAGCCUGUCCGCGGAUCUCGAGGACGCCCAGCUCGAGGACACGGUGGACGGCAAGUUCCUCGUGACCGCGGAGAGCCUCAAGCUCUUCGACGCCGUCAAGCGCACCAAGAUGGGCUCGAGCGGGCGCAGCGAGUCCUGCGACGUGGGCGGCGACUCGCAGUCGUCCAGCACCAGCAUCAAGCGCACCAUCGAGCGCAACGCCCUGCGGCGCAGCCUCAACUGCAAGUACGACUCGCUGCGACGCAAGAAUCUGCGCAGCAAGGAUCUGACCCUGGAGGAGAGGAUCAGGCAGCUGACCUGCGUGGACGACAACGAGACGGACAACGGUAGUGCCACGGAUACGACGAGCGGUGGCGGCGGAGGAAAUAAUCUAGCGAGCCUCGAGAACAACAACACGGGCCGCAUAACCCACCUGAAUCACAAUCACCAGCAUCACAAUCACAAUCAUCACGUGAUCAUGAACGGGGUCGGUGGCAUGAUUAACAACAUGAUGGAGGGCGUGGACCAUCUGCAUCUGCCGAUGCAGCUGCCAACGCGUACGUCGCCGUCGGGCGAGGAACGACCCAACAAAGGUCAUGUCAUGAUGCAGCAGCAGCAUCAGCAACAACAGCAACAGCAGCAGCAACCGCACCAUCAUCACCAUCACAAUCAUCACGGCACGUCGUCGUCGUCGGCCUAUCGGCGCAUCACCGAGAUGUUCGGCGGCCAGAAGAAAAACUCGUCGUCCGCGAACAACAGCGAUCUGAAUCUGCCCGACAUCAGCAAGCAGGUCGCCAGCUGCAACAAACAACAGCAGUCCAACAGCAACAACAAAGCCAACAAGCAGUUCCUCGCCAGUCUCGCGCCCCUGUCCUGCGUCUCGGCCAACAGCAUGGACGGCCGCGAGGACUACUACCAGCGGCUGCCCGUUCGCAUGCAGCAGCACCAGCAGCAUCAGCAUCAGCACCAGCACCAACAGCAACAGCAGCCGGGCGAUCGCAACUCCAUCUCGCACAACUCGGACUCGUCCUACAGCCUCGAGGACAUCGAGGACGCCCUCAACGACGGGAUCCCGGCGCCGCCCGACGUCACCCGAGGCACACCGACGUCGGCUGGCCCGUCGAUGGAGGCUUUCGGUGGCGCCGGGGCCGGUGGCAACGACGCCAGCGACGAGCUGCAGGCCUUCGUGGAGCAGGACAAGUCGAGAAUCGAGCGGAUCAAGCGACGCUACGAGUCCGAGGACAGUCGUGCUAAUAGCUCCUCCGAGCAGCAGCACGACAACAGCAAAAACAAGAGCAGCACGACCGAGGACGACGACGAGGACGACGAGCUCAACGAUUACGGCUUCAAUCGACGGCCCUCGGUGCGCGGCAUCAAGGCCCAGUUCAAGACGACCAACGAGAUCGUGCACCAGCUGAGGACGCGUAGUGCCGCCGCCAACUCGCUGCCCGAGGCCUGUCGUUUGGGCUUCCCCGGUGGAAACCAACAGCAGCAGCAGCAGCAGGACGACGCGAUGAGCACCUCGUCGGCGGCCUCGGACAUCUACCGGGUGACCUACACCAACGACGUGCACGCCGACCCCUCGACCAUCACGCGCAUCAACAACAUGCAGAAGCAGAUCAACGAGAUCUACCAGAGCAUCGCCGAGAGCAGCAUCAGCAGCGUGCUGCUCGAGCAGCAGAAGCAGAUGGCCGGGGCCGGGCCCAUACCGUAUCUCGACGGCACCCUGCCGCGCACCAUGAGCGCCUCGACGCAGGCCGCGAUCGAUCAUCGCAACAACGUCGCCGCCGCGGCUGCUGCCGGUGGAGGCGGCGGCGGUACGAUGCUGAAUCAGGCGCGAAUGCUGCGCAUCGCCGGCGGUGGCGAGGUGCUGCCCGCCUCGAGCACGCCCCCGGGCGUCUACAGCACCCUGCCCAAGGCGCAUCGGGCCCAUCCGGGCCAGAUUCAGACGUCGUACGCCGCGGCGGGCACCUACUCGUGCAUCGUGCCCCAGGCUCAGGCCGCGAUCAACAACGGCCAGGCGGGGGCUCAAGCCGCGGCAGCGGGUUCCAAGUGCUACAGGACCAUGUACGUCGUUCCGUACAACGGCAACGCUCCGCAAGAUCCGACCUAUCAGAAUCUGCAGAGGAUCGGCAUGACUCAGCAGCAGCAGCAGCAACAGCAGGCAAUCGGUUAUUCCGAGCAACAGCAGCAGCAGCUCGAGAGGUAUCCUUACGCGAGGAACGGCAGGAUCGAGGCACCGACGUCGCAGCAACAGCAACAGCUACAGCAGCAGCAGAGAUAUUACGUGUCCAAUAACAGGCCAGCGACGAUACCGAACACUCAAACUACGUCAGCGGCGCUUCACCUUCACCUCCAUCAAGCCGAGGAGUUUCAAGUCUCGUCUUCCGCGGCCACCGGUCGGCCACCGUCGGGCGCUCUACAGAUCAGCUCCGCAGCGGCGGCGGCGAGCGCCGCAAUUGGGUCGCAAGCUCUGCCGGUGGUGCCGCCACCGCCACCGCCCGACGAGUCCGUCUACAACGUGCAGACCUUGUCGGGCGUCACGUACUCGAUUUGUCCGCCGCCUCCGCCGUCCCAGACCACGGCCACCUACACCUAUCAGAUGCAGAUACAGGGUCGGCUAUCCGACAUGCAGACCCAGAGCGCCGUGGCGGCGGUGCAGGCCGCGGCCGUGGCGGCCACCACUGAUCCGAUGUUGAGCCUCCUGAACACGUCGUCGCAGCUGCUCCAGGCGACCAACAAGGUAGCCGCGGCGCAGCAGCAGCAGCAGAGCCUCACCACGACGACCAUGACGACGCCCUCGGGGCUGGGUGGCACUUCGUCGCUACUGUCGUCGCCCACCAAGCACCACCAGCAGGCCCUCUACCACACGGGCAGUCUGCAGCGGGGCUGCAGCGUGGCGGAGCGCGGGGUACCCGAGGGCGCCGCCUCGGCACCGUCGCACGACUUCGUCGUCAGCCAGAGCCUGACGUCGACCAUGAUGACUUCGCAGCAGCAGCAGCAACAGCAACAGAUGCAGCAGAUGCAGGACGGUCAAGCUCAAGCGACGACGCAGCAGGAUCAACAGAAUCCCGUUUAUUAUGCCAUGAACGUCUGAGAAGAGUUUUACUCAGUACACGGCGACAAGGAACUAAUAAGGUGUGAUCUUAUGUGAACGCGAAAUAUAUUAUUAAGUGUAUUUAACGAUGCGUGCCGCAGAAACGUAAUAUAUAUAAUAUAUUGUAACGAGCCAAGUGUACGGCGCUGAACGAGACGCCUCUGUCAUUAUAAUAGUGUAUUAACUCGUUAUCGUUUUUUUUCUUCUUAUUUCUUUCUUAAUUUUUACUAAUUUUUUAAGUUAUUGUGUAAUCGGUCAAAUUAUGUAAGUCGAACUAACGAGCGGAGAGUUCGUUAGUUGUGUUUUUGUUUUUUAUUAUUAUUAUUUUUUUAUUUUUGUACGGAAUGCACAAAGAUUGUUAAACGUUACGCAGAUCGACGGACUGAGAACUGAUACAAAAUUUCAUUAAUAAAUAAACCCACGACAAACUCGCAGCAACGUCACGGCCAAUGGUAUAUAAUCACACACUUGUAUUUAAACGAACGAAGCACCGUGUUAUUGAGACGAAAACUAAUUUUUUCCACGACGACGAAGACGAAGACAUCAACAGCAACAACAACAGCAGCAACUACAUAUUAUUAUCUUGCUCUUAAAAACUUGAAAAAAAAUUAAAUUAAAUAGUAAUAAUGAUAAAGCUAAUGGGAAUUUUCGCAAAUUUUUAACAGACUGACUUGGACUCAACUCUUUUAUCGUGUGUUUUUUAAAGGGAUCGUUCUUCUAGCGAGUAGUCGAAAAACUUGUACUCUACUUUAUAUACUGAACUGUACAUUUUUAUUGAGUUUGACGUUUUGAAUAAUCUUAUACACUUUCGAACUUUUAAAUGUAGAUAGAAAAAUUGUAUAAUAUACUGGAAUCAUUUGUGACAAAGGAAUUAAAUAUCAGAAUUGGAGACAACGCAAUUUAUACAAGCGGCAUUUGUCAAAUUUCUACAUGUGGCAAAUGCAUUUUUGAAUAUGAAUGAUUGGUAUAUUAUAUAAUGAUGCUAUAAGUGUAUCACAUUUUUUACGAUCUUCCAAUAACUAUUUGUAUUUUCGAGAGUCUUUUCUUUGUGUUUUAUUUUUUGAUAACGACUCGGUCUUCGAAAAAAAGGCGAAAAAUCUCACAGUAUUAAAAUGCAUAGUAUUUUAUAAUUAAUGAUUAGGAAAUCGAUACUUAACCGUCGCUCUAAUCAAAAUAAAAAUAAUGCAGAAGAAUAAUAAUAAACAAUUAUUAAUAAUAAAAAUUAUCUAUAAGGAAUGAUUACGCGCCAAAGAUGCACCGAAGGAGUAAUGGUAUUUAGAAAAAAAAAAUAGUUCGAACUGGUGUAAAAAAUAGAUUAUUAUAUAUGCUAUUGUAGAAAAAAAAGAUAUCAAUUGUAAAGUUUACAAAAAAAUAUAUAAAUUUGUAUUUUUCGGUCGUAAUUAUAAUCGCCAAAAAACAAGUGAACUGUGUAUCCCAAAGUGGACAAUGGAGUUGAUGUGUUAUAAUGAUGGAUCCUCAUUGAGGAAGACUCAAUUUUAACAUACGUUUAAUCGUCUGUUAUAUUCGGCCAAACAGUGUAUAAGAAUGAUAAUAAGAAAUGUUGAGUAGUUAAUGACAUUUUUUGUUAUACGCGAAUCGUUGCUGUAAUUUUUUUAAUGAAAUUUGAAAAAUAUUCUAUUAAUCGUGUAGACAAUUUAUAUAAGAAAAUUAUAUAUAUACCACGAAGUUUAUUCGUUGUAUUUGAUAGCGAGUAAAAAAACUAUGUAAUAUUUAAAAGAAAAAAAAAACAAAAAUGUAUCAACUUUUUCUCGAAAGUUUUCAAAGAUC